AAAUAGAGUCAACAACCAAAACAAGUGGAGAGCUAAGAAACUUAUUUUAGAGUUUUCUGAAAACAAGGAAAAGACAAUGAAUAUAUUGCCACACAAAAGGUACUGUAAACUUUGUAUUUGUAAUACUUAUAUGAGUCUUAACCCUCUGGAGACGUAGUCUUUUCGGAGUGUAUGUGCCAAAAAGACGGAUGCCUUUUUACGAGCUCGGCACUCGCAUUGCAAAAAAAUUUAUAAAAAAUAAACUAUUCCGACUAUUCCCUUAAUUUUUAAUAUAUGUAAAACUAUAUAGGCCUAUAUUCUUGUAGGAAUUUAAAUGAACUAAUACAAUCUUUAUGAAUCAAACAGAAAUAUCAAAAUUUAUGCAAAUGAGCUACCCUAAUUUGCAUAAUUUAUGUGUGUAAUUUUUUGUUACACCUAGGCCUAGACUAAACAUGACUUACUUGUAUCAAUUGUGUGAAUUUUUUGAUGGAUGAAGCCUGAAUAAGUCCUAACACUUAUGUUUUUGGGAGACAAGGCCCAUGGAGGCCCUUCAGAUACAUCUGGCACAUGGUUCUACUCUUUUUCCACCGCCCCUCCCUAUUUUUCAGUUGUUACAGACACACUGUAACUUCCCCAUUUAUGACAUAGGGACCUUCUCUUAGGCUGGAUGUUACUGAGAAAGUUGUUUGCAUAUCUAUUGGUCUCUCUCAUAAACAUUUGAGUGAUAUUUAGUGUAAAAAAAUAGCAUAAAGUACUAAAAUUUGUGCUUAUGCCUUAUUUAUAGGACCUAUGUUGUCUAAAAAUUCAGAGGGGUCAUCUCUGUCCAUUUGAGUACCCCUAAUACUAGUAAUAAUAUACCAAUAGCUCACAACAUUAGCAUUACCCUCAAUGUGAAAGUCUUCAUUAAUUUCCUGGUUGUUUUCAUCAGUUUCAAUGUCAGAUUCACUGCUAGAAUAUCAAAAUCACUAAGCACAGUUUGAUCAGAGUCACUGUCAGACAUGUUCGAAUUUCACGAUGUAACUACACACACACAAAAAAAAUUCCUCCACACAAAUAAAUUGAGUUCACCUUCAACCGACAUUACAAUGCCGGGAUGUGCAGGAAUACGUAAGAAUAAUUUUGAUUCGCUAGUACAAUGCCAAGCCAUCCAAUCGUGAGGCUCGAUUUAUCGGGCCGAUAGUUCAGACUUAACGUCUUUCUCGCUAGUCUACCUUGGGCCGAUAGAAUGGCCCUUACGUCUCCAGAGGGUUAAAGAUAGUAUGCUCCUCUCUCAUACUUUCAAAUUGUUCGACUCUUUUGCAUAUUCAUGUAACAACUGAUUCGUAUUGAAACAUGAUAUUUCAAAAUUAUUGGGCCAAUGGCCAGGGCCAAAAUGAAUCAGAAUCAGUGGACUGUUCAUAAUUAUUAAUAAAUUAAUAUUUCACAUUUUUUUCAGUUUCAUAGUUAUCAUCAAUUCAAAAUCUAAUUAUUGAAACUGAAUCUAUGAAUUCGGCUAAUCUGGAGAGAUAGCACCCUGACGUCAUUUGCAUGUUGUUUCACUGGUUGGUCAAAACCCUGGUUCCGAUGCCGAUAGGGUCAAAACCUAGGUUAGGGAUAAGUUUAGGGUUCAGGUUAGGUUUAGGGAUAGAUGUAGGGUUCAGGUUAGGUUUAGGGAUAAAUUUAGGCUUUAGGACAUAAGUUCGUGGGUCCCGGCAACCAAGAUGGCGGCCGAGGUGCUAUCUCAUCCAAAUUUACCAUGAAUUCUACUGACAUAGUGGGCUAUUAUAUUAAUUAAGGGUAGAGACUGGAGUGGUGAGUGGAUCAGGCAACCACAAAUAUUAGCCUGUAGAUUUAUUAAUAUCAUUAAAUAUAGAAUCAGAGUGAGUGCCGUGCUAUACAUAUAUUUAUAGUACAGUAUAGUCUAUAGUAAUAGUAUGACUGCACUAUACUAUAUACUGACCCAGUCAAUCAUAUUUUCAAUGAUUUAUCACUGUUUUUGAAGAGUUAUUAUCCCUAUGGCUAUGCUGCUAACUGAGUGAUGGCUAUUCGCAUGGUAGUUUUGUUAAUUUUAGGAGAUAUUUUCAUCUGUGUUACUUAUCAUUAUCAUAUCAGUGUAAGUGUAGUCAUUUUAGAGAGACAAGAUAGCAGCAGACAGGGCAUGGAGGGCUGUGUGGAAAACACCACUGGAUUUUGUUUUGGUAAACACCAUUGACAUUGAUUUAAAAGCUUCCACAAUUUUUUAGAAGAAAUAUCAUUAUUGUCAUUGCCGACAUUGCUUUGGUACUUUGUGAAUGGCUUGGGUUUGGGAAAGUUACGAGCCUUUAUGAUGACAACAAACAUUUACUAUAAACAGUAACCAAAAUCAUGUUUAAGUUUUAGAGGGUUGUGCUGGAACAUCAUGAUACUAACUCUUUGUCUUAAGUUAGCUUUGCAUUUUUAUUCUCUGUAGUUGGCAUGUUCGAACAAAAAAAAAUAUUGAACGUGUUCGAAAAGAUGAGGAAAAGGCUGCAGAGGAAGAAAAGGAAAAGCAAAGAAGGAUAUCCCUUGCAGUAAGAUGAUACGUUCUUGGAUUUUAUUAAAUAUAAUUAAAUCUUAUAAACUAUGAUACUCUGGUGCAUUUGCAUUGAGCAAGCUAAAUAUUUUCUAUUAUUUUUUAAAUACUUAUUUAUUAGAAGUUCAUCCAAAAAACCCUAAAAUUGAACUAAAAAUUGAGUGUUGUAUUGUUAUCUCUAAGAAAAUUUUAUUUUGAAUAAUAUUCUGUAAUAAUGAUAACAUUCAUAAUAUUUUUGUAGGAACAAGAAGCAAGAACAAAAUUUUUGAGAGUGAAAGCGCAGAGCAAGUGGGUUACUAACACUUCUGAUGCUAAUGCUGUUGUGCAGUCUUCUGUAACAAAAAGUGCAACUAUCCCUGGCUUGGGAGACAAGCAGGAACAUAUCAACUUCUUCAAAGAUAUUGAAGAUGGAGUGAGUUUGGCUGUUAGGAUAUUAUUUAUUUGAAAUUCAUACCUAUCACUGUUUGGUUGCAUUAAAAUUUCUAAAAUGUAAAGUUUUAAGCAAAGACAUGACUUAUUUUAUAAAAAGUUUAAGAGUCAUUGCUAUGUACUAAAUUUACAAAAAAAUGGAAUUCCCAACUUUAUUACCUUGUAAUAUUGAAAUUUCAAAGGUUUUUCUAUCUGAAGUGGGUUGGCCUCUUUCUCUUGGGAAGUUUAUGCAUAUUUCUAUCUAUUUUAUACAUUCUGUUAAUGUUGUCCUGUGUAAACAAAAUGCAAUAUCCCUAAACACCUCAGUUUUUAGACUUCAAGUAGACUUGGUCAUAAAUAUUAUUUAUUCAAUACGAAAUAGAUUAUGGUUAAAAAUUAUCCUUAUUAUUGCAAUUUUUUCAAAACAGUUACAACAGGGUAAAAACAAGGAGCAUGAGAAAGAAAAAAAACAAGAACAGGAGCAGUUGGAGAAAAAAAUUGGCCUUCUUACUUAUUUAGGUCAAAGCACAUUAGAUGGUAAGAUUUUAAUAGUCAUACAGCAACAAGUCAACUAGGUAAUUUUGGAGGAGAGAACAAAUAUAUCCAAAGGGUAAUUUUUGAAGACUUUUCUCCAAAUGAAUUUAUAGAUGCAUUUGAAGAGAUUUUUUUGAUGGGAUAAAUCAUAAUUUCAUGUUUUCAGCCAAUUGAAACAAACUUAAUAUUUCUAUUAAGGUUUACCUCUAAGUCUAGAUAAUUUAAAAUAGAAAAUAAAGAAAACUAAUCUCUUUAUUCCUCUUGACAUAUUAUGUAAUUAUUGCUAACCAUAACUCAACAUUGGAAAAUGACCUUUAUAUGGAGCAAUUCCUUCUACACAUACUCUUUCUUUGUCCCUCUUAUAUGAGAGCUCUUCCAGCCAUAUCAAGUGUCACCUCUGUGUUUUAUUGUUAAUAAUUUGAAUGUGUCUUUCGAGGGCAUCUUUCAGUGUUUUAAAUGUCCUUAAUAUUAUCUUCGCUUUUCUUCUUGUGUUUCUGUGUAAAGGGCAAAAUCUUUGGACGGCCAGUUAACCCUCUUCAUGUCAUCCUAUUUAACUGAAACUUGGCACAUAGACUCGUUGCUAAUGACAACACAUUCUGUCAAAUUUUUAGCCUCACCCCCAAAAAUCUGUUGUUUUUUUUUUUAAGGGGAAGAUAAGUGAAAUAUUAUUUGUUCAAUGGUUGCGUUUUUUGUGUAGCUCUUUCUAUGUGCUUUGCAUCUUUGACUUAUUUGGUUAUGCAGUAAAAAUAGGGGAAAAUGAAAGAGUUAUGUUUUUAGCCAGAAGUUUGACCAUUUAUAUAACAGCUUCUUAAUACAUGAGAAAUCAUGUACAAUUACAAACAAAAUUGCAUAUAAAGGAUUUUUACAAAAAACUUUAGGUGUUGUUUAAUUUUGUAUAUAACUUGUGACUUGUAUAUAUCAAGUGGUCACCUUUGAGUAAUAUGUUGUCUGUCCAACAGAAGGUGCAGCUUGGUAUUUACAGAAGGCUAAAGCAAAGACAGAUGGAAAAGAGGACACAAGAAAUGACCAAAAGGUUUUAAAGUAUGUGCAAUGUAAUUUGUUUAGUCACUCACAUCAGAGCCUACCAACUGAUCAGCUGUUCAUUAUUCUCUUAUUUUACCCACCAUUUGUAAAGCUUCAGCCUCAGAUCUGGUUUGUCCUUAAUGAAAUUUUGUAUCAAGGCUCUUUACAACAGUCCUGUUUCCAUGUAUUUGUUCUGUUUUUGUAUUGUCUAUUAUCAUUCCAUGUAUUGAAAGUAAAAGAAGUGUUAAAAAGAUGGGAGAGGGCUGGAAAGUUAUGGAAUAAGUAUAAACAUUAAGCAUUAAACAUUAAGACACUCGCAAUAUGAUUUACAAAAAAAAAAAAGAAAACUUUAUUUUAUAUCUUUAUAGAUCAGCUAUGGAGUUAAAACGUAAAGAGUCGAUGGAUCCACUUAUGAUGAUGCAAGAACAUUUGGUUAAAAAAAGGAAGAGUCAACAUAAAACAGUAAGCAAUAGGGAUCUAAUGUCUGAGAAUGGCUGUCAAUAGGGAUCUAAUGUCUGAGAGUGGCUGUCAAUAGGGAUCUAAUGUCUGAGUGUGGCUGUCAAUAGGGAUCUAAUGUCUGAGAGUGGCUGUCAAUAGGGAUCUAAUGUCUGAGUGUGGCUGUCAAUAGGGAUCUAAUGUCUGAGUGUGGCUGUCAAUAGAGAUCUAAUGUCUGAGAGUGGCUGUCAAUAGGGAUCUAAUGUUUGAGUGUGGCUGUCAAUCGGGAUCUAAUGUCUGAGAGUUGCUGUCAAUAGGGAUCUAAUGUCUGAGAGUGGCUGUCAAUAGGGAUCUAAUGUCUGAGUGUGGCUGUCAAUAGGGAUCUAAUGUCUGAGAGUGGCUGUCAAUAGGGAUCUAAUGUUUCAGUGUGGCUGUCAAUAGGGCUCUAAUGUUUGAGAGUGGCUGUCAAUAGGGAUCUAAUGUUUGAGUGUGGCUGUCAAUAGGGAUCUAAUGUCUGAGAGUGGCUGUGUUGUCUUAUCUUUUAUUUUUAUCACACUUGAACCAUCAAUUGUUACACACACACACUGUCAGUUUUUUUCUUUGAAACAAGAUUAAUAAGACACGAACAAAUUGUGUCAAUAUAACAAUAUUAAUUAUGCUUUAAUAAUAAUUAUACAUUAUACACAAGUAAACGUUUCGGCACAUGCCUUCAUCAGUACAAACAAACAAAACACAUUUAAAUAAGUAUAAAUUAAAUUUACAUAAUAUCAAUAUACAUAUCCUACCUAAAACAGAAAAAAAUAGGAGAGGGCGCUAAAACCAGACAAAAACAAAGUAAAGAGGAGUAGAAAGAAAGUGAUUUUAACAUUAUUGUAAAAACUAUUUGAGCUUCAUCAUAGCACAUCAGUCUUAGAAACACAUGUGCUAGAAUUAUGACAGAUUUCUGUAAUAAUUAGGGGGAGGGAGGGGAAUGAAAAUGCUUUUGUUUUAAUUUAAUCUCUUCGGGAUGUUGCAUUUGUCAGUGUUGCUUGAUAAGAGAUUUUAAUGAGCUGUGAAAAAGCUUCUCUUUUCUUCCUUCAAAAUGGUAUGUUGCUCCCCUUACAGAAUUGUAUGUUGAAUCUAAAAUGGAUGUACAUGUUGUAAUUUUUUUUACUUAAACAUAUUUCUUUUAAAAGUUUCAACGUGUGCCAAAGUUGGCUUAUUUAUCUGAGUGGAUAUAAGCACAGAAGUUGUCUUGUUUUUUUAAUCUAGAAAUUCACCCAUAAUAAUACUGACAUUUUUUUUUAGAUACAAUUAAUACUGAAUUUGAGUAACAUUUUCCACUAAUAUUUUACUACUCAAAAUUACUUUACAUAUUUUUAUUUAAAAAUGUAAGUAGCUUAAGAGAAGAGGGCCGCCUCAAUUGUUGUAAUUGUAGGAGAGGGUUGGAAAAUGUACAGGGUUUUGGGGGACAUAAAAGUAUUGUUUCAUGAAUAAUAAUUGGAUUGCUCCUCGUUUCAGUGAGACAGUUUUUAUUCUAAGCAGUGAGAGUGUAGAAUUUGAUCUGGCAAUAAUAAACUAUCCUAAAACUUAGCCCUCAGUAAAUCAAUUUACAGUAUUGCUGUCUCAUUAUGUUUCAUGAUGCUUAAAUUGACAUGAUAUGUGAACUCUUGACAUGGUCCUCUAUUCCCAGAAGUCUGGCAAAGAUAAAGUAAGGAAAACUACAAGUAGUUCAGGUAGCAAGACUGUAGAUGAGCUAAGAGCAGAGAGAUUGGCAAGAGAAACUCAGGAAAGACUCAAGACUCAAGCUCUUCUGUUAAAGACCAAGGGGAGGGACACAGAGAAAGGAGGGAGUACUACAAAAGAUGACUAUGAGGUGGAAGGCCGGAGGGCUGUGAACAGAAAGUACAAUUCGCAGUAUAAUCCAGAGUGUGUAAGAGAA